AAUACCGUAUCAGUGUAUCCCCAGACGCCGGGAGCGCUGCCACCAUGUGGCAAAUAAACUCGUAUACGCGUAAUCUAUAAUUAAAAUAAACUUAUUUCGGUAUCAGUAGCUGUCACCAUGAGUCAUCAUCAGACGAAGAGAAAAAUACAAUAUUGGGCGGGAUUAUGCGCGGCAUCAAACUUUAUGUUCACCGGCGCGGUGAUAUCUUGGCCUUCACCAGCUAUUCCUAAGUUCCAAAGCGGAGAGGCAGACGUGCAAAUUACUGAGGCGCAAAUAUCAUGGAUAGCCUCCCUGUUCGCCAUCGGCGCAAUCUUGGGGUGCUUCAUCGGGCACCCGCUGUUGGACCGCGUGGGCCGUCGCAAGGCGCUCCUCUGCGGGACGCUGCCUGGAAUCAUAGGUGCGGGUAUAAUACUAAUCACGAAGUCAGCCGAGAUGUUGUAUUUUCCAAGAAUAUUGUGUGGAGUUUCUUUAGGAAUUACUGCCGUGGUAGUAAUGAUCUAUAUCACAGAAAUAGCUGACAAGGAGAUCAGAGGCGCGCUAGGCAUGUCGGUUCAAGUGACCAACAACCUUGGCAGCCUGAUCGUCUACUGCGUAGGUCCGUUCGUAACCUACAAAAUGCUCAACGCGCUGGUCCUCGCCAUUCCUCUCGCCAACUUGCUGAGCUGCCUAUGGAUACCUGAGUCGCCUUACUACCAUGUAAAAGAUGGUAGGAUUGCGGCCGCUAGGAUAGAGUUUAUGAAGUUGAAGGGUACUAACGAUGAAAAGUGGGUGGACGAACAGUUAGGCAUUAUACGGGCACAUGCGAGGGAAAGCAUGGAGAAUAAGACUACCCUCUGGGAGCUAGUCUCAAACAUGAAGUAUAGAAGAGCUUUGUAUAUAGUUACAGGCCUGAAGAUGCUACAAUACAUGACCGGCGGGAUGGCCAUCCAAGCGUAUCUCGAAGUCAUCUUCAGACAAAGCAGUUCCAUAUCUGGACCACUCGUCAGUAUUGUCUACGGUUUCGUACAGCUUGUCACAGGAGUAGGAGGAGCAUUGCUAGCAGGCUACUUCGGCCGACGGAUCCUUAUGUUCAUCUCGGACUUAGGUGUAGCGCUCUCAAUGAGCGCCCUAGCCCUUUACUUCUACCUCCAAGACACAGUCAAACUCAGUCCUGAUACACUCUCUACAAUCUCCUUCUUACCUUUAAUAGGGUUGUUCGGGUUCAACAUAUUUUAUUCCGUAGGCAUAGGGAUGUUACCUUAUGUGAUGCAAGCGGAACUGUUCCCUAUAAACGUAAAGACAGCGGCAUCUAGUUCAGCCACUGUGAUGGCGUGUGUCAUGAACUUUGUUAUAACCAAGUGUUACCACGGAAUCAGGGCAGGCUUGGGUCACUCUGCCGUGUUCUGGGCCUUCGCUGUAGUAGGUUACUUAGGUUUAUUUUUUAUAUAUUUUUUCGUGCCAGAAACUAAGGAUAAAACGCUGGAAGAGGUGCAGGAUAAUAUGCUGGAGAAGAACCAAGAGGCAACGGCACUUAAAGAAAUGGAGGACAUUAGUUGAUCUAAUCUUAGAGUAAAGCCAAUUUUAAAAUUAAUGCUCUUGCAUCGAGUUAGGUCACAUUCAAAUUUGUUGUAUAGUACAGAGGUGUUCAUUUUAGGAUUGGUUUUACUCAAACUAACAACUUCUUAUUGAAUAAAUAUUGUACUUUCGACUGUUCAUAUGAGCCAGAUUGUUAUCUCUAGAUCACGGGACUUGUAAAUGAAAGUGUAACAAACGAAAUCAGUGUUGAUCAGCAAACAAACACCUAUAACAAUAUUGACUGUAACAUGUUAUCUGUUUAUUUUAUUCAUUUACAAGUGCCUUAAACAUUCGUCUGAAUGUACACAGGGUGUUUUCGGGGUCGUGGAGCAAGAAAACAAGACAUCAUACAGAAUUCAAAGAUGAGCCUAAUGUUAUUAUUUAUCACGAAUAAUAAUGAUGAUUAUUUUUUAGAUGACAAGUAGAAAAAAAAAAAAAUUGCAUACAAUUUGGUCAAUGUGACGUCUUGUCGCUUUUCAUACAGCGUAUAUCAAAAGUCAGGUGACCAUGAUUACUUAGUAUAAGUUGAAUUUUACUGGAAAAGUAAGAAAAAGUUAACUAAUUAUCUUUUAAUCAAAUACUACCAUAUGAUAAUAUGGAUCAUUUACAGUCACAAAAACUGGUUCUGGAUCACGACCCAGAAAUCACUCUGUAUACUUAUGGUAACAUUGUUAUAGAUCGUAAAUAUACCAAUCCUAAAAUGCAAAAUUUGAUGAAGGAGCCGACCGACACUGUUUAAUAUUUACUCAAGUUAGUAUCAAAUGAUGUUAAUGUUGUGAAAUUCUGGCUUUUAUUAGACGUAAGCAUUAACAGUGAUAAGAUAAUCCACAAUAAUGUGUGCAUAACUGCAGUUUUUAUAAAAUAAUAGUUGUGUUCAUUUGGCACCUUAAUAAAACACCAAAUGUGACAAUAAAAUUGUAUUCUGUUGAAUAAAAAUAUGAAAUACAUAUCGAAUACUUAUUAAACUGUGAUAAAUACACUAGAAACCUGUUACGUCUA